AGAGCAUCCAUCAGCGGGGCGUGCUGGCCGUGGAUUCAUCUGUGCUGGCGUUGUGGGCAAUGACUCACAACAUCCAGCGGGCACCGCACCCCCCCCAACAUGCACGUCUGGGGCGAGGCCCUCAUCCUGGACUCCUUCACCCUGCAGGGCAGCUACAACCAACCCCUGGGUUUGUCCAGCACCCAGUCGGACACCCUCUUCCUGGACUGCACCAUCCGCGGGCUGCAGGUGGAGGCCUCGGACACUUGCGCCGAGUGCCUGUCCCGCAUCUUGUCGGUCAUGGGCCCGCAGCCCGGGGAGCCGCCUCUCCCGACGGGACCCUCGCCUGGGGAAGGCCAGGCCCUGCUCUGGAAGGUGGACCUGAAGGUGGAGGACGUGAAUCUCUUCACCCUCUCGAGCCUGGUGGGUGCCUCGGAGGUGAGACUUGACACGCUGACGGUCCUGGGCAGUGCCGAGAGCUCCACCGUGGGCAUCCAGGGCCUGGUGCUGGCCCUGGUGAAGUCAAUCACCGAGAAGAUGCAGCCCUGUUGCAAGGCUCCUGACAUCCCGACCCCGGUGCUCAGCCUCUCCAUGCUCUCCGUCACCUACCACAGCAGCAUCCGCUCUCUGGAGGUGCAGUGUGGGGCAGGGCUGACCCUGCUCUGGAGCCCCCCGGACCACAUGUACCUCUACCAGCACGCGCUGGCCACCCUGCAGUGCCGAGACCUGCUGAGAGCCACCUUCCCCUUCGGGGCCGCGGCCCCUCCGGCCCCAGAGGGGCCGGAGACCCCCGCCGAGGCGGCGGGAGGCCCCCCCGAGGCGCCUCCCCCGAAGCGGCUGCUGAACCUGACCCUGGAGGUCAGCGCAGCCAAGCUGACGGCCUUCGUGGCGGAGGAGCGGUUCAUCACCCUGGCGGCGGAGAGCGUGUCCCUGAGCCGGCACGGGGGCUCGCUGCAGGCCUACUGCCCCGAGGUGGCCGCCGGCUUCGACGGCCACGGCAUCUUCAGCUUCAAGGAGGUGGAGGUGCAGCUGCUGAGCGAGCUGGAGGAGAUGAUCCUGCACCGGAACCCGUUCCCCUCCCUGGAGACCCUCCGCAACCGCGUCUGGCUCUUUGCCCUGGGCGCCGUCUCAGUGGAGUUCCCCUACCAGUACGACUUCUCGCGCACCCUGGACGAGGCGGUCGGGGUCCAGAAGUGGCUCAGGGGACUCCACCGGGCGGGCGCUCCCCCCGGCGGCCCGGCCGCCCCCGCCCCGCUGCCGCCCGACCUCCUCGUCAAGGUGCAGCACUUCUCCUGGGUCUUCCUGGACGACGUCUUCGAGGUGAAGCUGAGGGACAACUACGAGCUCAUGAAGGACGAGAGCAAGGAGAGCGCCAAGCGGUUACAGCUGCUGGACGCCAAAGUGGCCGCCCUGCGCAAGCAGCACGGGGAGCUGCUGCCGGCCCGCAAGAUCGAAGAGCUGUACGCCUCCCUGGAGCGCAAGAACAUCGAGAUCUACAUCCAGCGCUCCAGGCGCCUCUACAGCAACACCCCCAUGCGUCGGGCCCUGCUCACCUGGAGCCUGGCCGGCCUGGAGCUGGUGGCCCUGGCGGACGCCUCCUUCCACGGCCCCGAGCGGGUGGUGCGGCAGCUGCGGGAGCUGGACCCCGGGAGCCCCUUCCCCCCCGAAGGGCUGGAGCUGGUCGUCCAGUGGUGUCGCAUGAUCAAGGGCAACGUCAAGACCUUCCUGGUGCGGAUCCGUGACUACCCCCGCUACCUGUUCGAGAUCCGGGACUGGCGCCUCCUGGGCCGACUGGUGGGCACGGAGCAGAGCGGGCAGCCCUGCUCCCGCCGGCGUCAGACCCUGCGCCUGGGGCUGCCUUGGGGCGACGUGGCGGUGGAGAGGAACAUGCCGCCGCUCAAGUUCUACCACGACUUCCGCUCGGAGGUGUUUCAGUACACUGUGGUGUGGGGCCCCUGCUGGGACCCGGCCUGGACGCUUAUCGGACAGUCGGUGGACCUCUUGACCAAGCCCUCGGCCGACCCCAGCCCGCCCCUGCCCUGGUGGGACAAGAGCCGCCUUCUGCUCCACGGGGACUGGCACAUGGAUAUCGAGCAAGCCAACCUGCACCAGCUGGCCACCGAGGACCCGUACAAUACCACCGAAAAUAUGCACUGGGAGUGGAAUCACCUGGGGUUUCACUGGAAGCCUGGCCAGUUUGUCUUUAAGGGCGAUCUGGAUGUCAACGUGAGGACGGCCUCCAAGUACGACGACUGCUGCUUCCUGCACCUGCCCGACCUGUGCAUGACCCUGGACCUCCAAUGGCUGUGCCACGGGAACCCCCACGACCACCACAGCGUCAUCCUGCGGGCCCCCGAGUUUCUGCCCGAGGUGCCCCUGGGCCAACUCCACGACUCCUACCGGGCCUUCCGCUCAGAGAACCUCAACCUCUCCAUCAAGAUGGACCUGACGCGGCACAGCGGGACCACGUCCCAGCCGCGGGUCCUGUUGUACAGCAGCACGCUUCGCUGGAUGCAGAACUUCUGGGCCACCUGGACCAGCGUCACCCGGCCCAUCUGCCGAGGGAAACUCUUCAGCAACAUGAAGCCGAGCAAGAAGAAGCUGGGCCAGCACUACAAACAGCUCUCGUACACCGCCCUCUUCCCUCAGCUGCAGGUUCAUUAUUGGGCCUCCUUUGCCCAGCAGCGGGGCAUCCAGGUGGAAUGCAGCCAGGGCCACGUCUUCACCCGGGGAACCCAGCGGCUCAUCCCUCAAGCGGGCACGGUGAUGCGGCGCCUGAUCUCGGAGUGGAGCGUGACCCAGAUGGUGAGUGACCUGAGCCAGGUGACGGUGCACCUGAUGGCUUCGCCCAGUGACGAGAGCACCGACCACCGAUUAGACCUCCUGGUGACCAAGACCCACCUCUUGAGCCUGUCCUCGCUCACCUACAAACGCCACAGCAACCGGACGACAGAGGAGGAGCUCUCCAGCCGAGCCGGGGACCCCGCCUUCCACACCCACCAACUGCACCUGGUGGACCUCCGGGCCUCCUGGACCACUACCAACCGGGACAUCGCCUUCGGCCUGUACGACGGCUACAAGAAGGCGGCGGUGCUCAAACGCAACCUCUCCACCGAGGCCUUGAAGGGGCUGAAGAUCGAUCCCCAGCUCCCCGCCAAGAAGCCCAAGAGAGGCACCGUGGCUAGUCUCCCCGCCCCACCCUGCGUCCAGACUCCGAGCCUCGGCGGUCGGCCGGAAAAGGGAUCUUCGGGAGGGGCCUAUAUGUUGCAGAAGUUGAUCGAGGAGACCGACAAGUUUGUCGUGUUCACGGAGGAGGAGUCCGGAGUGAGCGAGCAGCUGUGUGGCAUCGCCGCCUGCCAGACCGACGACAUCUUCAACCGCAACUGCCUCAUCGAACUGGUGAACUGCCAGAUGGUGUUGCGCGGAGCUGAGACGGAAGGCUGCGUCAUCGUCUCUGCCGCUAAAGCCCAGCUGCUGCAAUGUCAGCACCAUCCGGCCUGGUACGGCGACACCCUGAAGCAGAAGACUUCCUGGACCUGCCUGUUGGACGGCAUGCAGUACUUUGCCACCACGGAAAGCAGCCCCUCCGAGCGGGACGCCCGGCAGCUCUGGCUGGAGGUGAAGAACAUCGAGGAGCACCGGCAGCGUAGCCUGGACUCGGUGCAGGAGCUGAUGGAGAGCGGGCAGGCCGUGGGUGGCAUGGUCAGCACCACCACAGACUGGAACCAGCCGGCUGAAGUCCAGCAAGCCCAGCAGGUCCAGCGCAUCAUCUCCCGCUGCAGCUGUCGGAUGUACUACAUCAGCUACAGCCAUGACAUCGACCCUGAGCUGGCCACCCAGAUCAAGCCCCCCGAGCUCCCGGAGCACCAGGAGAAGGAGGACCUGCUGAAGAAGCAGGAAGGAGCCGUGGACACGUUCACCCUCAUCCACCAUGAACUGGAAAUCUCCACCAACCCUGCCCAGUACGCCAUGAUCCUGGACAUCGUCAACAACUUGCUGCUUCACGUGGAGCCCAAGCGCAAGGAGCACAGUGAGAAGAAGCAGCGGGUGCGUUUCCAGUUGGAGAUCUCCAGCAACCCCGAGGAGCAACGCAGCAGCAUCCUGCAUCUGCAGGAGGCCGUGAGGCAGCACGUGGCUCAGAUCCGGCAGCUGGAGAAGCAGAUGUACUCCAUCAUGAAGUCUCUGCAGGACGACGGUAAGAACGAGAAUUUGCUCGACCUCAACCAGAAACUGCAGAUGCAGCUGAGCCAGGAGAAGGCCGACCUGCAGCUGGAGAGCGAGGAGCUCAACAUCCUCAUCAGGUGUUUUAAGGACUUCCAGCUGCAGCGAGCCAACAAGAUGGAGCUGAGGAAGCAGCAGGAGGAUGUGAGCGUGGCCCGCCGCACCGAGUUCUACUUCGCCCAGGCCCGCUGGCGGCUCACCGAGGAAGACGGGCAGCUGGGCAUUGCCGAGUUGGAACUCCAGCGCUUCCUCUACAGCAAGGUGAAUAAGUCAGACGAUACAGCAGAACACCUCCUUGAGCUGGGCUGGUUCACCAUGAAUAACCUCCUGCCUAACGCGGUCUAUAAGGUGGUGUUGCGGCCGCAGAGCGCCUGCCAGUCCGGACGCCAGCUGGCCCUGCGCAUCUUCAGCAAAGUCCGGCCCCCCGUUGGGGGCAUCUCCAUCAAGGAGCAUUUCGAGGUGAACGUGGUGCCCCUCACCAUCCAGCUGACGCACCAGUUCUUCCAUAGGAUGAUGGGCUUCUUCUUCCCCGGCCGUAGCGUGGAAGACGACGAAGUGGGCGACGAAGAGGACAAGUCCAAGUUGGUGACCACGGGGAUGCCGGUGGUGAAGCCGCGGCAGCCUACGGCGGCGGAAGAUGCGGUGUCGCUGGGUCCGGGAAAGGGAGUGGCCCAGGGCCUGAACCGCGGCUCUGGGGUCAGGAGGUCAUUCCGGAAAGCGCCCGAGCAUCCGGUAGACGACAUCGACAAAAUGAAAGAGCGAGCCGCCAUGAACAACUCUUUCAUCUACAUCAAGAUCCCGCAGGUGCCGCUGUGUGUCAGCUACAAGGGUGAGAAAAACAGCGUGGACUGGGGCGAUCUGAACCUGGUGCUGCCUUGCCUGGAGUAUCACAACAACACCUGGACGUGGCUGGACUUCGCCAUGGCCGUCAAGAGGGAUAGCCGCAAAGCUCUGGUCGCCCAGGUGAUCAAGGAGAAGCUGCGGCUGAAGCCGGCCGCGGGGACCGAGGCCCGGGGGAAGCUGGAGACCAAAUCGGAUCCGCACGUGCAGCAGCAGCAGCAGGAGGAGGAUGAGAAGGCCCGGCUCCUCAUCGGCCUCAGCGUGGGCGACAAGAACCCCGGCAAGAAGUCCAUCUUCGGCAGGCGCAAAUGAGCAAGACCGCCCCUUCCGGGAGCGGCCCCGCGGGCCCCGGCCCCCCCGGCCCCGAGGAUCGUGGGGGUGGGGGGCUCAGCUCCCUGGGCCCGUUGGAGUCGGGGGACUCGGCGGGAGGGAGGGGAGGGGCGGAAGCCACGGGGACCCAAACGUUUACGGUGGCGGGAGCCAAGGCUGCCGAGGUGGGUGGCGCUCCCCCCCCCCCCACCGUCCCACCCAGGAAGCAGCCCCCUUACCCACAGGCCUUAGCAGGUGAGCCCGGAGCGCCAGAUCUCAUUGUGAGCCGCGGGCACGGGUCCGGGGCGUCGAAGGGGCCGGGCCCGGGCGGAGAGCAGGGACUGGAUCCCUCCCCCUGGGCUGGAGGAGAAUGGGCGGGGGAGGAGGGGGAUGGCGAGGUGGUUGAAUUUUUAUAAAUAUAUUGAUAAAUAUUUCUAUGUGUACCCAUCCUCCCCUUGUGCCAGGGAUAGCUUUGGGGCAGGAGCCCCUCCCUCAGCUCUCUCCCCCCCCCCGGUGGGCGCUGAGGAGAGUGCCUCCCCCUCCCCAUCUGUGUGCCAAGCUCUUCCUGGGGGGCGGCAGUGGGGGCCGGGGCUGGCCGUGGGCCCCCCCACCCCAUCACCUAGUGGAUUCUGGGGUGCUGGUGAUAAAAAGUGAAUUUAAGAAGAGAAAAAAAAGAUUUUAAAUUUGA